GCAAUUCGAGUGGAACCCGCCCACAGCCGGAGAAGACAAACUGGCCGUUGAAUUGGGCGUGAAUGGGAAUACUGGGAAUGCUGGGAAUACCGGGAAGCAGGAUGGCACGGUGGUGGAGAAUAGUCCUGAUUGCUGUGCUGUGGGAGCUCCAGAGUGUUGUGUGCCGUGAGGUGACUCUUCCACCAGGUCCAUUGUACCGAGUAGCAGGUUUCCCCAUGUCUCUGCCCUGCAUGGUUUCAGGCUAUGAAGGUUCAAGAACACAAGACUUUGAAUGGUUCUUAUAUCGUGAGGUUGCCAAGGAAAUACAGAUCGGGGUGGUGUCCACUAGAGAUAGGGGCUUUCCCUAUGCCAUUUUCCAUGAACGAGUGAAUUCAGGUGAGGUUCGGGUGGAGAGGGACUCAGGUGACAAGGCCAGACUGGUGAUUCAGAGACUUCGGCCAGAAGAUCAGGGACGAUACGAAUGUUACACACCAAGCACCGACUUACGGUACCAAGGCAGCUACAGUGCAUCUGUGGACGUCAAAGUGAUUGCAGACACUUUGCUGAUAACCCACUCUCGCAUUCUAAAUGGCCGGCCUGUCAUAGAAGGCACAGCCCUUCAGCUGACAUGUGCUGCUUCUGUCCAGUCAGCACAGCACACACAUUUGUCAGUCACCUUUGGGAUGCGAGGCAGUACAGGCUCUGGCUCUCUGGGCCACAAUUUAAAAGAAAUCAUCUCCAUCGACCGAGACCUGCGUGUAAACCCUGGCCGGGGAGGCUCUUAUGAGAAGAGAUACAAUAAUGGUGAGAUUUCUCUGGAGAAGAGGAGUGGAGAUGAAGGGAAGGACCUUUACAUUAUGAAGAUAAGUGUGCUGGCCUUGGAGGAUUCUGGUUCUUAUUUCUGUGAGGCGGCACAGUGGGUCUUGGACCCAUCAGGCCAAUGGGAACGCAUCGCCCAGAGAACCAUGGAACUGGGAAACCUCUCUGUGCAACCAAUCGCGGAUACUCUGUCUGUGAGCACAGUGCCAGUCGGUGAGGUGGCACUGCAAACCGGGUCCCCUCUCAGCCUAACGUGUGUAGUGUCAGGAGCUGGUCCGUGGAAUCGCUCAGCUCUGCUGGUGCAGUGGUUGCGCCGUGGGCCAGCAGGAGGGGUGGAAGUGGAGGUGGCCCGCAUGAGCCCCAACGGAGUGGUGAGUUGGGGCGACGACAUCAGUAGUGGAGGAGGUGGCAGCAUGGAGAAGGGAGCAGAGGGGAGAUUUUCUCUGCGACGCUUUUCUGCCCACCCGGCCGAUGCUGGACAAUACCGCUGUGCUGUGAGUGUGUACGCUGGGCAGCUUAGUCCAGCACCUUCCAGCCCUGCUACACUUACACAGAGGUCUGAGGGUGUAAUGGUCAGCCUCAAAACUAAAGAGGUGAGUGUGCUGGCAGUCAUCGAGUUACCACGUCGACCACUCCUGAAACGUGGAAGCACCGUCACCUUGCUCUGUAAUGUCUCUGUGGUGACCACAGGCCCCACUCAGUUGGAAGUGGAGUGGUGGCACAAGAAGCGGGAGCUGGACCAGAAAGAAGACACGACCCCAGAAAAUACCAAAGGAAGAAUCCUUGCAACACUGACCUAUGAUGGAAGGUCUUAUCUCUACAGUAAUGGAAGUGAAUUGAGCGUUGACCGCAUUUCUGCUGGAACAUACAGACUACGCAUUUUUUCAGCACACGAGGAAGACCAAGGGGAUUACUAUUGCCAGGCAGAUGUAUGGGCCCAGGACCCACAUGGAGUCUGGUACAAUACAGGUGCCAGUACAAAGUCAGCCAUGGCACAUGUAUAUUUAUAUGCACGAGUUGCUGACCUUCUCCUUAUACCACUGGUGGUUGGAAUCUCGUCUGCCCUGUUUGUGGGAGUGGUCAUCAUCUCCAUGGUAACAUGCUGUUUCAUGAAGCGACUUGCCAGGCAGCGCUCCCACGGAAGGAAGUAGGGAACUGGCCGGCAUCUCUGCAGUGAUUACUGGCAGGCCAAAAAAGAAAUUGUAUGGAUAAGAAAUAUAAAUAUAACUGAGUGUAACUGACUGAAGAACAGACUUCUGCUGGCAUGGUUGUGAGACACAGCUCUGAUUGGGGUCACAUUAUCAAUUCACACAUUUAAAGUGUGCCAUUAAGUUUGUUCUUUAAUUCGAAGCCACAAUUAUCCUAAUUGUGUUGAGUAUAAACUUUAACCUGUCCAGUAUGCAGCAUCCAAACUGGAUGGACCUUUUUUUGUUGUAUAUUUUUAUUUAAUUUGUGUGUGUGUGUGUGUGUGUAUGU